AUGGCUUAUAAAUUACUUCAAAUAAAAGCAUUUGGCAGAAUAGGCGUUGGCAAAUCAGUCUUGACAAAUGUGAUAAGUGAAACAAAGAAUUUUAAGGAAAGUGCAGGUAGUAUUAGUGAAACAGCAAAAGCAAAAGCAAGAAAAUUUAAAAUGAAUUAUCAAAUUGAAAAGUAUAUUUGUGAAGACAUAUUUCAAAUUUUACUUGUAGUAGAUAAAAGAUUUACCAAGAAUGAAAUAGAUGAUUUUAAUUGGUUUAGUUCAUAUCUUUUUGAUGUUAAAGUUUUUGAUUAUACUACUGUUGUGCAGACACAUUUUCCUAAUUUUGAAGAUGAUAAUGCGUGUUGA